AUGGCCUCCAACAUGGAUUUGGAAAUCGAAUCGCAGAAAACCAAAACCAGCCAUUCGGCAGACCGUCACGAAGGCAAUUUCCCUAACGGUGACGACACCAAAGCUCUUCCGGUCGAGGAUGGCCUUGCAACCGCUCUCCCAGACGCCAGUAAGAAGACCAAAGGAUUAAAAAACGAAAAGAAGGCCCCUGGUAAACACGAUAGAAAAAGCAAGAAAGGAAAGUCUGGUAAGUCCAAGAAGGCAUCUCCUGCCAAUAGUGAGAGUUCUUCUGGCAGUAGCGAGGACGAGUUUACCAACUCAUCCUCAGAUGAGUCCACCGACACCGAGUCCGCGUCUGGGAGCGAAGAGCGCGCGAAGAAGAAGAAGAAUGAGAAGAAGCGCCAGGAUCUCCGGAAAGCCAAGAAAUUGGUAAAGUCAUCCAAGACGAGCACUAAGCAGUCAAAAUCACAAAUCAAGGCCUCAGAAGGCAAUACUAGCGAUACCGACACUGAGGAUGAAGAUGGCUCUCAUCUCGACAAAAAGGGGGGUAUCGGCGAGGCCGCGGAACGAGAGCUUGCCUCAAUACGAUUACAAGUCGAACAGCUUUUGCGCCAAACAGCAUCUAUGGGCCUCAACUUCGCCCCUCCCGGUAGUUCUGCCACUUCUCCCAACCAAGCUGCUCUUGGAUUAGGUAUUCAAGGAGGGCUCGUUGGCGGUCCCAAUUCUGGCGGGUACCAGCUUUCUCCCGAUGCUACUAUGAUGGGUAUCCAUGAUGCCUAUUUCGAUAAUCGAUAUGCGCCUCCCGGUGCUUCUAUGAUGGGUAUCCACGAUGCGUAUUACGGUAAUAGAUAUGCGCAGAGACGGAAUGAACAACUGGAGAACAGGUCAAAAGCUAUGCAUAUCAUGAAUAGGGGCCGUGGUAAUAACAUGCCACCCCAAGGUCGAUUAAGGCGGCUUAGUUCUAACGAGCUUUUGUUACACGGUGACACAAGCCGUAACAAGGAAUCUAAAUCAAAGAACGCCCAUGAUACCAAACUAGUUGCGCAGCACCUCGAGUUUAAACGCGUGGAUCAAGUCUGGGACUCGCAGAUCCACAAUUACAAGCUCCAAGAUACGGCUGAGAAUGCUAGUAGCUCGCAAUAUGAUGAAUACCUCUUUCAUGUGAGGAGGACCUUUGACUGGGAGGGAAAAUACAAGACGACCAUCGUGGAUAUCAAAAGCAAACAACUACGAGAGGCCCUCAAGGAUAUCAUCGGAAGCGUCAAAGGUGUCAGUUUAGUUGAAGAGACUCCUAAGGUAGACCCCAAGAUGCUAUUCUUAUAUCUUGAAGAUAUGCGUACCUAUGUGAAAAACCUCAAGGACCUUGAGCCAGCAGGAAAUUCACGGAAAGAACGUAGAAAGGUUCAGAAGUGGAUUGACGAGAAAAGACGCCAUCUGCGGGUCCUCAUUAAAUACAUAGACACAGAUCAUGCUGAGACUAAAAAGAGUCUAUAUCCCAUGCUAGAGAAUGGCCUUAUUACAUUCGAUCUUUUAUGGGCUCUUUGGAAGCCGAAUACGCUCGUGUACACAACAACGUAUGGUUCUGUCGAUGAACCCCGCGUCUUCAAGGUCGAAGUAGCCGAAAAACACUACAGUAUCGUUAGGGGCGAAUUCUACUACAUAGAGGGCAAGUAUUUCGAAUACGACGGCAAGCAGUUCGGAUAUGGUAGUAUGUCGGAGGAGAUAACCGAGUUCCGUGGUGCUCGUAAGAUUACGAGUUUGGGCUGUUAUCCUCUUAAAUACCACAAGAACGAAGCUCAGCUACGCAAAGAUCUUAUCGAGCGUGGUAAGAAAUUUGUGGGCCUUGGUGGUGUGCACUACAAGGGUCAUCAAGGCAUGGCAUACCACAAGAAAAAGAAGUCUGUAAUCAAGGUCAACAUCAAUGGCCGGAUCAUGGUUGAUCCAGCCAUCCAUCGUCGUAUAAACCCCAACUAUCCGGUUUCCCUUGUACGGCCUAAGGAUCACGACGUUCUUAGCGACGACGACGAUAGCGAUGACGAGGCUGAGGGUUGUGGGUGUGACUCGGGAGACGAUACGGGGGGUACUGGUGAUGCCGGCCUCGAAGGUGCUGCUGGAGACGACAGUGGCAAAGUUAAAUUUGUGACCAAGGUAUACAAGGACAACAAGGGAAAUGUACGCACCGUGCGCGUACCUAAAGAUUCCGUUGACACGGAGACGCCAAAAGAGAAGCUUGAUCAAGUUCCCAGUAAGGAUGAGGAGGGUAAAAAUGAAAGUGCCAAGGGCGACGAAGCGGGUGUAGGGGAAGACGGAAAUGAUGGUACCCCGCCGGUCUUUACCGACGAGGAAUACUUGAUUGCCUCACCUGUCGUCCUAGGAUUUGCCUUUGCCGAGAAGCUCUGGCUCGAGUUCACCGUGUCUGGCAUUAAGGAGAUUUCAUGGAACGAGCAUGCUUACGACUCAUUGGUCCUACAAUCAAACACCAAGGAAAUCGUCAAGGCUCUAGUAGAGUCUCAUAAGUACCACCCAGCCGCAAGUAUCGACGAUGUUAUUCAGGGCAAGGGCAAAGGCUUGGUAGCUGUCCUGCAUGGGCCUCCUGGGACCGGGAAGACUUUGACGGCAGAGGGUAUAAGUGAGCUCCUCAAAUGCCCCUUGUAUAUGGUAUCAGCGGGCGACCUAGGAACCGACUCGCGUUAUCUUGAAGCAGAACUACAGAAGAUCCUCGACAUCUGUCAUGCCUGGGGCGCCAUUCUCCUACUUGAUGAGGCCGACGUAUUUCUGGAGAAGCGGAAUAUGCAUGACAUCCACCGGAAUGCUCUCGUUAGCAUCUUCCUCCGGCAGCUGGAAUAUUUCCAAGGAAUAUUAUUCCUCACCACGAAUCGUGUGCAGACUUUCGAUGACGCCUUCCAAUCCCGAAUCCACAUUGCGCUUCGAUAUGAUGAUUUGGACGUGAAGGCGAAGAAAGCCAUCUUCAAGAUUUUUAUCGAACGUGCCCGAGUAGUCGCAGGUAUCGACUUGAUGCCGUUCGAUGAGGAGGAUUACACAAGCUUGGCACGACACAACCUGAACGGUCGGCAGAUCAAGAACACAAUUGGCACUGCCCAAGCCCUUGCUGUAAACAAGGGAGAGCCCCUCAAUAUGCGUCAUAUUCGCGAGGUCCUCAAUGUACAGCAAAACUUUGAGCAAGACCUUAAAGGGGGCAGCGGAUAUCAAGAUGCCAUGCGUAGCUACUUUUAA